AUAAUAACAACAAUAAUAGCAAUAAUAAAAGUUAGAAAAAAAAAUGGACCGGAUAACUUUAACAGUAGGGGUAGGACGAAGAGAGGGAGAAAAAAAAACUCCCGUCUGGCAAGAGUCGAUAUUAAAAACAUGCAGAGGGAGACAAGCUCGGGGCCUUCCAGAGUCAGGGAAAAAGACGUCGGAGAGCUGCAGACAGGAGAUGGGCACGGCGUUUGUGUUUUCUUCCCCCACCAGCCCAUUGAUUUGUAUAUGAAAACAUAGCGCUUUUAUUCUCCCCCCUUCUGGGCUCUGCUUCUGAGUGAUCAGCUGAUGAAGAGACUAGCAGCUCGCCGCUAUGCUGGCUUGCUAAUUCUCUCCCCCACAGCUGCAGCCGAUCCUGAUAGCCAGCCUGCAGAUUGCACUCAGCCUGAGGCAGGAGAGAACGGUUCCCUGGAGGACAUGGAAGAGGACAUCGGUCUGAAGAAGCGUAAAGGAGACCAGCAUGGAGAGAAGGUGCUUCAGGCCGGACAGGAAACAGGCGAGAAGGUCAAAAGGAAGCGAGGGCGCCCACCGGCAGAGAAACUCCCUCCAAAUCCACCCGAACUCACCCGGACGCUGAACACACUGGUCGACAUGGUUAUCAACUACAAGGACGGGUUGGGCCGACAGAUCAGUAAAGGCUUUGUCCAACUCCCCUCUAAGAAGGAGGUACCCGAGUACUACGAGCUCAUCCGAAAGCCCGUUGACUUCCGAAGGAUCAGGGAACGUGUGCGCAAUCACAAGUACAGAAGUGUGGGGGAUUUGGAGAAAGAUAUUUUCCUGCUGUGUCACAACGCUCAGACUUAUAACCUGGAGGGAUCUCAGAUCUACGAGGACUCAAUUGUUAUUAAGUCCGUUUUUGAGAGUGCAAGACAGAGAAUUGUCACAGAUGAGGAGCAGAGAGAGACGGUUAGCACGAGUCACAGCGAUAAUGGCAGCAGAGCUGAAGACCAGUUUGUCCCAUCAGCAGUGAAACCAUUACCAGUGCAGCUAAAGAAGGGGAUUAAAGAGGAGAGAAGCAGAAAUACCAUUGCCAAGAGGCUCUUCAGUGAUUUAGACAGUGACGAGGAUCUAGAGGCUAACACCACAAAAGACGAAGGGUGAACUGAGAGCUUGAAUGGUCAAUUUUUUUGUAUAUUUUUUUUUUUCAUGUCUAUUCACUGCCACAUCCUUCCUCAAUGGUUUCCUCAUUUUCUAAGCAAAAUAUAGUUCUUUGAAAAUAAAACCAGAAGAGCCACUCAGUGAGAGGCACCCUUGGGAUAACGCUUUUUCAUGUCAUUCUAAGACGUCUUGCUGCACUCUGUGCUGUUCUUCUAAUUUCGCUGGUCUUUUACAAUAACUAUGGUUUCCAGUUUAUCUGCCUUAGUCCCAGUGAUUGCUUCUGCAGAUAUAUUAUGUAUCACGCCAGUUUGACUGACUGUUUUUAAUCUGUAUAUUUGAUUGUAUGGAAAACUUUCAUAUGUCUUGGAGCAUGAUGAUUUGUAACGUCUCACCUGGAAGCGGCUCCUCCGGGAGGAGACGAUGUGUCGAGGGUCAGAGAAUGGAAGCGCACGGGAGCAUCUUUUGAACACUCUACACGUGUUUGAAAAUCUCUUUAAGUGUGAUUAAAGACUAUACAUCUUUGAUAAAAAUAACAAUAUAGAAUAGUAAUAAACACACAUGGCUGAGGUAUGAAGAGAUUUGGAUUAGUACUGAUAGUAUGCCCUUUGUCUGUUUCUGAUAUGUGAUUGAACAAGUCUGGGUGUAAUCAAGGGUACUCAAGUUUAACAUUUGUAUCCUUGUGCUCCUGUAUAUUCUCCUAUUGUAAAACUUGAUUGCUUUUCAUUCCCUGUCCUAGUUGUUGGGGGGGGGGGGGGGGGGGGAGACGACGACAGAAGACAUAAUUGUUAAGACAAUCCCAGGAAACAUGUAUCACUUCAACACUUGCAAAAUAAAUUUUACCAAAAAGUC